AUGACUCAAGACACCAGUUCUAAGAGUAUCCAGAAGCCCAGAGCAGAGUCACCUACAACCAGCCUGCUAUCAAUGAAGAGUGAUCAGCCACCUGCUUUCAGCCAGGAACCAUUACCAGAUGACAAUAAGGAAGUGGAGAGUUUGGACAAUGAGGAUGCAUUAAAGAUCACACACAACCUUCUGGACAGAAGAAGUCAAACUCUGCUGACAGUCCAACAAGACAUUAAGGCUAAACUGAAACACAAGUAUCAACACAUAUCUGAAGGAAUUGGACACCAUGGAAACCAAAGUCUGUUCAAGGACAUCUACACAGAGCUCUACAUCACAGAGGGUGGAAGUGGAGGGCUCAAUAAUGAACAUGAGGUGAGACAGAUAGAGAUGGCAUCCAAGAAACAAACCACACAAGAGACAUCAAUCAAAUGCAACGACAUCUUCAAGCCUUUACCUGGACAAGACAAACCUAUCAGAACUGUACUGACAAAAGGAAUCGCUGGCAUUGGAAAAACAGUCUCUGUGCAGAAGGUCAUCCUUGACUGGGCAGAGGGAAAAGCAAAUCAGGACGUUCAUUUCAUGUUUCCUCUUCCUUUCCGUGAUCUGAACCUGAAAAAGGACCAAUACAGUCUGGUGCAACUUCUUUCCCACUACUUCUCAGAGCUGAAAGAGAUUGACAGCAUUGAAGAUGGUGAAACCAAAACUGUUUUCAUUUUUGAUGGUCUGGAUGAGUGUCGACUUCCUCUAGACUUCAAAAACAAUGAGAAGUGCUGUGAUGUCACGAAGCCAACCUCAGUAGAUGUGCUGCUGACAAACCUCAUUGAAAAGAAUCUGCUUCCCUCUGCUCUCCUCUGGAUAACCUCAAGGCCUGCAGCAGCCAAUCAGAUCCCUCCUGAGUGCGUUGACCAGGUGACAGAGUUACGAGGGUUCAAUGAUCCACAGAAGGAGGAGUACUUCAGGAAGAAAAUCACAGAUCAGAACAUGGCCAAUGAAAUCAUCAAACACAUGAAGAAAUCAAGGAUCCUCCACAUCAUGUGCCACAUACCAGUCUUCUGUUGGAUAUCAGCCACUGUCCUUGAGAUGAUCCUGAAAGAGACAGAGAAGGAUGAAGUCCCCAAAACUCUGACCCAGAUGUGCUCACACUUCAUACUCAUCCAAAUCAUUUUGAAGAACAGGAAGUACAACAAAGCCAAAGAGAUAAAUCCAAAGGAACUGUCUCAGUCAGACAAAGAGAUGAUCCUGAAACUGGCAAAGCUGGCUUUCCAACAGCUGCAGAAGGGCAAUCUGAUCUUCUAUGAGGAGGACCUGAGAGAGUGUGGCCUUGAUGUCACAGAGGCAUCAGAGUCUUCAGCAUUGUGUACAGAGAUCUUUAAAGAAGAAUCUGGGCUGUACCAAGAGAAGGUCUACAGCUUUGUGCAUCUGAGCAUUCAGGAGUUUCUAGCAGCAGUGCAUGCUUUAGAAUCAUGUCUGGGCAAGAAGGAACAUUUCUUCCCAUCCAAAGCAUUCCGUAUGCGUAAAAGUUGUUAUGAAAUAAGACGAUUCAAAAUUAGGACGUCAGACGUGUUGAAGUCAGACGUGUUGAAGUCAGACGUGUUGAAGUCAGACGUGUUGAAGUCAGACGUGUUGAAGUCAGACGUGUUGAAGUCAGACGUGUUGAAGUGGGACGUGUUGAAGUCAGACAAGUUGUCUGACUUACACAGGACAGCAGUGGACCAGGCCUUGAAGAGCGAGAAUGGACACCUGGACCUGUUCCUCCGCUUCCUUCUGGGUCUCUCACUGGAGUCCAAUCAGAAUCUGUUACGAGUCCUUCUAACACAGGUAGGAAGUACAACACAGACCAAUGAGGAAACAGUCAGGUACCUUUCAGACAAGAUCGAGGAGGAAUCCUCACCAGAAAGGAUCAUCAACUUGUUCCACUGUCUGAAUGAACUUGGUGCCAACUCUCUAGUUGAAGACAUGCAGACCUCCCUGCGAUCAGGAACUCUUUCAGAAACAGAGCUUAAACCUGACCAAUGUUCAGCCCUGGCCUACCUGUUACUGAUGUCAGAGGAGGUGCUGGAGGAGUUUGACCUGAAGACAUACAACACAUCAGAGAAAGGUUAUCAGAGGUUGCUGCCGGUAGUGAAAACCUGCAAGAGAGCACUACUGGAUGGCUGUAAACUCACAUAUAAAUCCUGUGAGACUCUGGCCUCAGCUCUGCAGACACCAAACUCCCCCCUGAGAGAACUGGACCUCAGCAACAAUGACCUGGAAGACAGAGGAAUGAAGCUGCUCUGUGUUGGACUAACCAGUCCACUCUGCAACAUACAGACACUAGUUCUUGGUCAGUGUGGUCUGACAGAGGGUUGCUGUUCAAAUCUUGCCUCAGUCCUGAGUUCACCCAACUCACAACUGAAACAACUGGAGCUGAGAGACAAUGACCUGCAAGACUCAGGAGUUACACUGCUGUCUGCUGGACUGGAGGAUCCAGACUGUAAACUACACACACUGGGGCUGUCUGGCUGUCUGGUCACAGAGGAGGGCUGUGCUGCUCUGUCUUCAGCUCUGAGGUCAAACCCCUCCCACCUGAAAGAGCUGGACCUGAGCUACAAUCACCCAGGAGACUCUGCAGGGGGACUGCUUUCAGCUGCUCUGGUGGAUCCCACAUAUAAACUGAUGAAGCUGAAUGUGGGUCAUGGUGGAGAGUGCAGGCUGAAAUCAGGGCUGGGGAAAUAUGCCUGUCAUCUCACCCUGGACCCAAAUACAGCAAACCAAUACCUGAUACUGUCUGAGGGGAACAGGAAGGUGACACGGGUGGUGGAGGAGCAGCAUUAUGAAGACCAUCCAGACAGAUUUGACUGUUAUCUCCAAGUUCUCUGCAGAGAAGGCUUAUCUGGAGGUCGUUAUUACUGGGAGGUGGAGAGGGAUGGUGAGGGGGCUGACAUUGGUGUGGUGUACAAAGGAAUGAAGAGGAAGGGAGGGGAGGAUGACAGUAGGACUGGACACAAUGGGAAGUCCUGGAGUUUAAGCUACUAUGAUUAUCCUUGCACUGGUAGACAUUAUAUGUUUAGCCAUGCUGGAGUCAACAGAUCCCUCCAUGGUCCUGGAUCUAACAGAGUUGGUGUGUAUCUGGACUGGCCAGUUGGUACUUUGUCCUUCUAUAUUGUCUCCUCUGGUACACUGAAACACCUUCACACAGAACACACCACAUUCACUGAACCCCUCUAUCCUGUGUUUGGGGUUAGGCUUGGGGAUUACUCCUCCUCCUCAGUGACCCUGUGUCAGAAACACAUUCAGAG